CAAGGGAGGAUGCAUGCGUAUCGUCCAUAAUGCAAAAUAAACCCCUAUUGACCUCAUUUUGAACGCGCCAUUGCUACUCCUAAAUACAAGGAAGGAAAACACUCUUCCUAGGUCGAAUUGGGCGACGUAACCAAGUCGGCUUUGCACCCAGAUACUACAGCUCCCGGCAUGGCCCGGGGGCCGCACGCGAUCAGCGUCCAUUAGAACUACAUCUCCCAGCGUCCCUUGGGCCCCAUGCGUGAUUUGCUACGGAAAGAACUAAAUCUCCCGGCAUGCCAGGGGAGUGGGUGGAGGACCCCGGCACUAGCCUCAGCGACUUCCCGGAGUCAAUCAAGUCCCGCUCCGGUGGAGGAUGGAGGUGUCUUGGGGCGCCAGUGGUCCGGAACCCGGCGACAAUCAGGCUCUAAAGCCGUGUCUGCUGCGCCGCAAUCACAGCCGCGAGCAGUACGGCGUGGCGGCCUCCUGCCUCGAGGACCUGAGGAGCAAGGCCUAUGACAUCCUGGCCAUGGAUAAGUCCCUGGCACCAAUCACCUUGGUCCUGGCAGAGGAUGGCACCAUAGUGGAUGAUGACGACUACUUCCUGUGUCUGCCUUCUAAUACUAAGUUUGUCGCAUUGGCCGGUAAUGAGAAGUGGGCAUACAACAACUCAGACGGAGGCACUGCUUGGCUUUCCCAGGAGUCCGUGGAUGUGGAUGAAACAGACAGCGGGGCAGAGCUGAAGUGGAAGAAUGUGGCCCGGCAGCUGAAAGAAGAUCUGUCCAGCAUCGUUCUCCUGUCAGAGGAGAACCUCCAAGUGCUCAUCGAUGUUCCCUGUGCAGACCUGGCUGAGGAGCUGGGCCAAAGCUGUGUCACAGUCCAGGGGCUCCAGAACACCCUGCAGCAGGUGCUUGACCAGAGAGAGGAAGCCCGGCAGUCCAGGCAGCUCUUGGAGCUUUACCUCCAGGCUUUGGAGAAGGAGGGCAGCAUCUUGUCGAAGCAGCAAGAGUCCCAAGCUGGCUUCGGUGACGGGGGGGAUGCCGUGGACACGGGUCUGAGCAGAGAGCCCUCCUCCGAAAUUGCCCUUUCGAGCCAGAUCCUUACCACGCUGACGGAGAAGCCUGCGCCAGAGCUGAGUUUGUCCAGCCAGGAUUUGGAGUUGGUCACCAAGGAAGACCCCAAGGCGCUGGCUGUUGCUCUGCACUGGGACGUGAAGAAGACGGAAACUGUUCAACAGGCCUGUGAGCAGGAGCUGGGCCUGCGCCUCCAGCAGGUGCAGAGCUUGCACUCUCUCAGGAGCAUUUCAGCACGGAGGGACCCCCUGCCCGGAGAACAGCAGAACCCCAAACGAGCCAGGCAAGAGCCCGCGUAGCUGUAGCUGCAGACGCGCCAAAGAGAGCCGUGUGACCUCGGCUCUGUUCUCGGUAAAUCCCUUCAGCCCUUUCAGCUGCCUGUGUCCUACUCUGCCCCCUGCCUUGGAGCACGAUCUCCUGGGAGAGGCUGGAAGACUGUUCCAGAUCCCAGCAUCUGCCCAUUGUGAAUGAUGCAGCUGCACCAGUAUACAGUGGGGCCUUGACUUACGAGUGUCCCAACUAACGAGUUUUUUUGAGAUACGAGCCG